CUUCCUUCCUUCCAUCCUUCCACCACCUCGUUCUCGCGCUCUUCCUCUGUCGUUUACCCUCUCGUCACGUCACUGAUUCAUACAUAUACCCAAUCCCUCUCUUCACAUCAAACCCAAAUCCCAACCUUUCUCUCUCUAUAACCUCAAUUUUCCAUCUCUAAACCGCAACGAUACACCAAGUCUUCACCAACAAUGGAAAAUCGCAUUUCGUUCCUCAGAAAUUCCAUAAUCCCACGCUUCGCGUUCUGGUUUUUGCUUCUUGUUAGCUCCGUAUGUGCUCGCUUUGUGGUGGAGAAGAUCGAUAUCACCGUUCUGGCUCCUAAAGAGCUCCAGGAGAAGCACGAGGGAGCUGCGGGAAACUUCGGCGUGCCCGAUUAUGGAGGUUACAUGACUGGUUCAGUGGCUUAUCCUGACAAAGGGGCUUUAGGGUGCCAACCCUUUGAGGGCGAGAAGCCCUUCAAGUCUGAGCCGUCGUUGCCUACUAUUCUUCUCCUUGAUCGUGGAGAGUGUCUUUUUGCCUUGAAGGUAUGGCAUGCUCAAUUAGCCGGAGCUGCAGCAGUAUUAGUGAUUGACAAGAGUGAUGAGCCUCUCUUAACUAUGGAUUCUCCCGAAAGGACCAGGUCAGCGGAAGGGUACAUAGAGAGGAUUAACAUUCCAUCAGCUCUAGUAAGGAAAUCUUUCGGUGACAAGUUGAAGGAAGCUUUAAAAAACAAAGGACAUGUUUGGGUCAAAAUGGAUUGGCCAAUGCCUCAUCCUGAUAACAGGGUUGAGUAUGAGUUUUGGACAAACAGCAAUGACGAAUGUGGAGCUCGUUGCGAUGAACAGAUGAAUUUUGUGAAGAAUUUCAAGGGUCACGCUCAGAUUCUUGAGAGGGGUGGUUAUACUUUAUUCACUCCACACUAUAUAACAUGGUUUUGUCCAAAGGCUUUUAUUGACAGCGAUCAGUGCAAGUCUCAGUGCAUAAACCAUGGAAGAUAUUGUGCACCAGAUCCCGAGAAGAAUUUUUGGGAGGGGUACGAAGGGAAGGAUGUGGUUUUUGAGAAUCUGAGGCAGCUCUGUGUCCACAGAGUUGCUAAAGAGAGCAACCAAUCAUGGAUCUGGUGGGAUUAUGUGACAGACUUCCAUAUCAGAUGCUCUAUGAAGGAGAAGAAAUACAGUAAAAUUUGUGCUGAGACUGUCAUGAAAUCAUUAGAUCUGCCCAUUGGGAAAAUAAAGGAAUGUGUUGGUAAUCCCGAAGCUGAUGCAGAGAAUGAACUACUAAAAACCGAACAAAAGCUCCAGGUUGGGCAAGGAUCCCGUGGUGAUGUUACCAUCUUGCCCACAAUGAUUAUAAACAAUAUUCAGUAUCGAGGUAAAUUGGAGAGAACAGCUGUCCUGAAGGCCGUUUGUGCUGGAUUUAAGGAGACUACUGAGCCUUCAAUCUGUUUAAGUGGAGAUCUCGAGACAAAUCAGUGCGCUGAAAAGAAUGGAGGGUGCUGGCAGGACAUAAAUGCUAACAUAACUGCUUGCAAGGAUACUUUCAGGGGAAGAGUUUGUGAGUGCCCCAUUGUAAAUGGUAUUCAGUAUAGAGGGGAUGGCUACACAUCUUGUGAAGCUUUUGGACCAGCGAGGUGUUCAAUCAACAAUGGAGGUUGUUGGUCAGAAACUAGAGACGGCAGGACUUUCUCAGCUUGCACAGGGUCCAAAGAAAACGGGUGUCAAUGCCCAUUUGGCUUUUCUGGGGACGGGACUAAAUGUAAAGAUGUUGAUGAAUGUAAGGAACACAGUGUUUGUCGAUGUGAUGGCUGCACCUGCGAGAACACUUGGGGUAGUUAUGAAUGCAAGUGCAAAGGAAACCUUCUGUAUAUAAAGGGCCAAGAUGUUUGCAUCGAAAGAAGUGGAUCAAAAUCUGGCCGGUUCCUUGCCUUUGUGUUUGUGGCAGUUAUUGUUGGAGCUUGCAUAGCUGGUUACAUAUUCUACAAGUACAGGUUCCGGUCAUACAUGGACUCCGAGAUCAUGUCUAUCAUGUCACAGUACAUGCCACUUGACCAGCAGCAUAACAAUGAGGCUCAUCCUGAAGCUGAACCUCUACGACAAAGCUCGGUAUAAGGUUGAGCUUGAUUCUAUGGAGAAGAAUCCUCUUACGUAGCAACCAUUACAGAAAUCAGAGCUAAAGGAGCCAGCUGCAUAGAAGAAUCAAUGACAUAUGGAUUGUAAGCAAAAUUGGUCACACAACAUUAACAUCCAUUUCACAGCCAUGAAGUGAGAUAAAGGAAAGAGCCAAUGCUUUUCUUACAAAGUAUUAGGAUGAUCAUGUAUAGUACUGUUGAAUACACAAAUUUUCUUCAUAGAAUACUUUUGACAGUUUUUAGAUGGAACUGUUGAGCUAUACAUGUAAGCAGUAAGCCUGAGAUGUGAUAGGGGAUCAUGUGAUGACCUGGUGAAACAAAUAAGGACAUAGAUACAAAAGCUUGCUUGUAUGAAAAUAAAUGAAUAAAUAAAUAGAUUAAGUUCGCAUGUCA